AUGAAUAAAAUUGUUCUUUAGACAAAGGCAUUUUACAUUCAAGAUUUCCUGAAUGUUAAGGAAACAUGGAGAAAAAGUUAUUUAAUUGCUAUUGUCUUGCUAUUGAUUGAAAAUUUACAACUGGUUUCAAUAUACACAAGCGAUAUAAUUCAAUUUGAAUAUGACUAAUUUUUGAUACAUAUCAGAGGCAUUAUUGACUUCUGUAGGUGAACUUAUAUCAAAUAUUCAUUAGAUUCUACACUAUUUUUGGAGAUUCGAUCCUAAUCAGAUCAAUUUUUGUAAUUUUUGGUUUUGUGUUGCAAAGCGUAUUUCUUAUAUUGAUAUUGUAUCCUCUUUUGAACAUCAGAAUAUUUAUACAAAAGAAACAAUAACUCAAAUUUUUAACUUUAGAAUAGGUAUUAUAAUAAUUGAUUGAUUAGUCAGAUGAAUCUAACAAUUCCAGCAGACAUUUGUUGA